UGCUGCUGCUUUUGCUCUACUUGCCUUAGCCUUUGGUCGGCUGUAGCAAACGAGCGACUCCAGCCCAUGAAUGGUCCACAAAGCAAAUAAUUAUAUGCUCACGGUAGAAGUCCGUUCCGAAACUUCCCAGGCAGCGAAUAGGUUUCUUUAUCUUUUGUUAAUUAUUGAAAAAGACCCAAGUAUCGCCCGUUGGAUGAGAACAUUGUGUACGGAAUUACAGCCGCUUAGCAGGCCGUAUCGCCAUUGCUUUGUAAGGCUGCUGGCUAGCUACGGUCUUCUUCAACUGGCAAAACUGUUCGUGGAUACAAGCAACACGGAUCUUCAAGAUGAGGAAGAAAGCUCGGCACCACCGGGUCCCGGUGCCCCAGAGGCCACCAUCUCCCAUCAAGCCUUCCCCCAACAAACAAAUUUUGACAUAUGCUCAGGCACAGCGCAUGGUGGAGAUGGAGAUCGAUGGUCGCAUCCAUCGGCUCAGCAUUUACGACAAGCUGGAUGUGAUCUCGGACGAUGACCCCAUGGUGCAGGAGAUGAUGGAGUGCACCAGCAAUAAGGAGAAUGCAGAGAAACCUCAGCAGCAGGUCCUCCUGAGGUCAGUCAGGCUAAAAAAUAACCAGGAGAAGAGGAAUGCCGCGCUGGGCAUCACUGCUCACGGAGAAGAUGGCGGACAGCAUGCCAGCGGUAAUGCUGGCCCAAAGCUUCCGGAGCCCAAGUUCCGCACAGUGGAAUAUAACCUUCCGGCAGUUCCUAAGCGCCCAGCUACCUUUUAUAAAUAUCAGGAGAAGACUGAGGAAGAGCUGGAUGAGGAAACAGAGUAUGACAUGGACGAGGAAGAUUAUGCCUGGCUGGACCUGGUCAAUGAGAAACGACGAAGUGAAGGGGUCAGCCAGGUUUCUCACAAUGUCUUUGAAUUCUUGGUGGACCGCUUUGAGAAAGAGUCUUACCUGGAGUCUCUGUGUCAAGACAGCGAACAGCAGGUCCCCAUUGAUGAGGAUGCUGUCUGCUGCAUCUGCAUGGACGGCGAGUGUCACAACAGCAACGCUAUCCUGUUCUGUGACAUGUGCAACUUGGCUGUGCACCAGGAAUGUUACGGCGUGCCCUACAUCCCUGAAGGCCAGUGGUUGUGCCGACACUGCCUCCAGUCACCCACCCAGCCUGCAGACUGCAUCCUUUGUCCCAACAAGGGUGGAGCAGUGAAAAAGACUGAUGACGACCGCUGGGGCCAUGUGGUGUGCGCCCUGUGGGUUCCUGAGGUUGGCUUCUCCAACACCACCUUCAUCGAGCCCAUUGAUGGCGUUAGCCACAUCCCUCCAGCCCGCUGGAAGCUCACCUGCUACCUCUGCAAAGAGAAAGGCAUUGGGGCAUGCAUCCAGUGCCACAAAGCCAACUGCUAUACUGCCUUCCACGUCAGCUGUGCUCAAAAGGCUGGCCUCUUUAUGAAAAUGGAACCUGUCAAAGAGGUAACGGAAACAGGAGAGCCCACCUUCUCUGUGAAGAAGACAGCCUACUGCGGAGCUCACACGCCCAGCGGUUGUGUCAGAAGGCCUCUCACCAUCUAUGAUGAUGCCAAACACAAAAAUGGACUAUGUAAAAAAGUGGACAAGGGGAAAGGAGCUGGUAAAGGAAAGUCAAAAGGAAAAAAGAAGAAAAAGAGUAAAAAGCCUGAGCCUGAAAUUGAAGAAGAAGUUGCAACCCCUGCUAUUGUGCCUAAUUUCCCCCCCCACAGGUUGCAAACCAUUCUGAAUCAGGUGUCAGUCCAGAAGAAGAAGGCAUUUGUCGAGCUGGUGUUGAAUUACUGGACACUGAAGAGGCAAUCCAGGAACGGGCUUCCCCUGAUUAGACGCCUUCACACAAGCAUGCAAUCUCAGAAGAAUGCUCAGCCGGGUCUCCAGAGGCAGAGUGAAGAGCAGAGCAGGGCUCUAAAGGAGCAGUUGAAGGAGUGGCACCGACUCCGUCAUGACCUGGAGAGGGCCCGGCUGCUGCUGGAGCUAAUCCGCAAGAGGGAGAAGCUCAAGAGGGAAGAGAUGAAGCUGCAGCAAACCCUGCUAGAGAUGCAGCUGACUCCCUUCACUAUUCUGCUCAGGGCUCUUCUGGACCAGCUCCAGGAGAAAGACCAGGCCAGGAUCUUCGCCCAGCCUGUUGACAUCAGCGAGGUGCCUGACUACCUUGACCACAUUAAGCACCCCAUGGACUUCUCCACCAUGCGGCAGCGCCUCGAUGCCCAGGGCUACUGCAACUUGGAGCAGUUUGAAGAUGACUUCAACCUCAUCAUCGCCAACUGCAUGAAGUACAACUCCAAGGACACCUAUUUCCACCGAGCCGCUGUGCGCCUCCGUGACCAGGGCGGGGCUUUGCUCAGGAAGACGCGGCGUGACGUGGAGAGAAUUGGCUUUGACACGGAGAGCGGCAUGCACCUCACCGAGGCUCCCGAAAUCAAAGCACCACCGCCGUUUUCUUGGGAGGACGUGGACCGCUUAUUGGUGUCGGCCAAUCGGGAGCACAUGUCUCUGGACCAGCAGCUGCACCAGCUACUGGAGAAGUUUGACCUGACCUGUGCCAUGAAGUCCAGCCCCUCCCGCAGUAAGCGUGUGAAGCUGCUCAAGAAGACCAUCAGUGAUGUGCGCAAUGAGAUGAGCCUGAAGAGAGUCCUGCCCUCCCACCACCACUCUUCCACGUUGUCGUCCUCUUCGUCAGCCUCGUCCCGCUCAGAGUUGGAUAAAGCAAAAGAAGAGAGUGUAAAAGCCAAUGGACACUUCCCCGAUGAUGAAGGAGACAAGUCUCUUCCUCCUAAAUUGGAGCCCUCGGACUCCAUACCUCCUCUAAUCCACUCAGAUGGAGACCCCGAGCCCCCCACCCUCAAACCAAUCGACGCCGGCCCAGACUGCAACGACAAGUCCCAUGGCAAGCGGGUCAAGUUUGACGGGGACAAAUUUGACUCUCUGUCCUCCCCUCCGCGCCUCAAUGGUCACUCCCACACCAGCUCCCAGAAUUCGUUGCUGGAGGGUGACGUGAGCGUUGUGGCCACAUCGACUCUCGCUGAACCCACAGGCACUGUCAGCCGACGGACUGCUGUGCUUUUCCACAAGUCGAAGAGCGCCAGCCCCCACAAAUCUCAGAAUGGUGGAGAGGAAGGGACAGGAGCAGAGGAAGGCGAGAUAAAAGAGGCAGAGGGUGAGGAGGAAGAGGAUGAAGAUGGCCCACAGCUGGGCUCCAAGUCCUUUCUGUCGGUGGUCAUACCCCGGCUAGAGACCCUGCUGCACAGCAGGAAGAGGAGGCACAGCGGCACCAGAGAGAGUGAGGAAGAGGGAGCAGGAGAGGAAGAGGGUGAAGGGGAGGGCGAGUCACCAGUCAAACGGCUUGACACAGGUCUGUCCAAUGGUUUUGUGGAGGAGGAAGAGGAGAAGGAGCUAGAAGCAAGUAGACCCCUGGAGCCACGGAGACGAUGUGCCUCAGAGUCCUCCAUCUCCUCCUGUAGCAGCCUGCCUGGCAGCACCAGCACCACUCUCAGUCUUCCAAAAUGUGGGAAGGGGAAACCCGCCUUGGUCCGGAGGAACACUGUGGAUGACAAGAGCGAGCUAAUCGCCUGCAUUGAAAACGGGAACUUUGCAAAAGCUGCUCGGAUCGCUGCCGAGGUUGGCAACAGCAAUAUUUGGAUGCCCGCUAGUGCUGCAACAGUUGCUCUGGAACCCCUAAAGCUAGUUUGGGCCAAAUGUAGUGGAUACCCUUCCUACCCUGCCUUGAUCAUAGACCCUCACAUGCCGCGGGUGGGCUGCCAGCACAACGGGGUGUCCAUCCCCAUGCCCCCUAUGGACGUGCUCCGCAUUGGGGAGCAGAUGCAGUACAAGGCCGAAGAGAAACUCUACCUCGUCCUCUUCUUCGACAACAAGCGCAGCUGGCAGUGGCUUCCUAGAUCCAAGAUGGUUCCUCUGGGGAUGGACAAGACCAUAGACAAGAUCAAGAUGAUGGAGGGGCGCACAUCCAGCAUCCGCAAGGCUGUCCAGAUUGCCUUCAACCGUGCCAUGAACCACCUGAGCAUAGUGCAGGAUGAGCCAGUCAGUGACCUCAGUGAUGUGGACUGAUGACACUCACCCACUCACACACACACACACACACACACACACACACACACACACACAGACUUGUACCUCUCCUGUACCAACUACCUUCUUCCCACUCUGUCUCUGCAGAAGACUCAAAUGUUUACUGGGCGCCUGCUGUAACAGGCGGUGCCUUUCCUCUUCCAUUCCUACUCAUACACACUUUUACCAUUUGCCGAUCUGAUAUGGUUGCUGCUUAAAUGAAUGUGCCCAUCUCUCCACCCCAUCUCCAUUUUUCCAAUUUUGCCGAGAGACUGCCCUCCUCAUCAUCACAGCUUCUGUUGUACCUUACCACUCCCUCCACUUCCCCGCCCCUAAAAAAAGUGUAAUUUCUAUUCAUCUAAUUCCAGUUAGAUGCUUUGUUUUUUAAUUCAUAUAUUUGGGUUACUUAAGUUAAAUUGUGCUUGACUGAAUCCGUUAAGCCAGCCAUCAGACAAAUGCUGGGAAAUUUUGGCUGUGGCUGGUAAGUUUAUCAAUUUUACAAACCAUGUUGACUGGUAGCCAACCAUCAUUUGGAGGUCUUAUUCUGUUAGAGGUCAUAUUUUAAAAUAGCCAACUGGCUAGUUAAUUCUCGGAUGAGUUAUCUGUUGUGGUGGGAGGACAAAACAUGUUAGUGUCCUGCCCUGCUAAAUUGAGGCUGUUCAAUUGUGUGAUCGGUUGAAUCAGCCAUAGCCAAAGCCUCCUUUUUAUGUCAGGUCACACUUCAGUCAUCUCCACAUAAUACCUUCCUUUGUCUUCAAAAAAAAAACAAAACAACCUGUAAAUACUCUGUACAAUUGCCUGACACUAACUUAUUUUGUAGUUUUGACAUAAAAUGGGUACUGUUCAAGACUUUUCCUAGUAUUUAUACUUUGAUGAAUUGUUAGCACUAUGGUGUGGUAUUUUGCCGGUGCUGUGUGAUCAAGAAGAAAAAAGAAAAAAAAGAACAUGUUAAAGCCUUAGCUUUGAAGAUUAGGGCUAAAAUGUCAUGUUUCUGAAAAGUAUGAAAGUAUUCCCUUUUCAUUUUUUUUUUAAGUUAUUGAAGUUUAUAAGCAUAAGCUUCCAUUUGGCAUUAAUCGUUUUGUAAUCAAAAAUAGUUUUAGUAUAUUUUUGUUGAUAAAUAUUUAUAUGAUUGAAUAUAUAUGUUAAGUCUCCGAUGCUCAUACAGGAAAGUCUGAUGUUGUGGAAACAAAAUGUGCGUUGUUCUCAAGAAACCAAAAAUGUUGCUACCCACAAGUUGUUUUUACAGAUUCAUUUCAGCGUGAUGUGUGAAAUUAUUGCAGAAAAGAAGAAAAAGAAGAAAAAAGAGGAAAAAAACAACUGUAAAAGUUAUUUUUAUGUAAUGAAUUUGACUGUUACUUGGUUUUGCUGUAGUUUUAGGGAGAUGUGCCUGCAUUAACUUAUUGUAAAGUAUUUGCAUUACUUUAUAUUCAAGGAACGAUGUGGAAAUUGAUUGUGGUAAAAGUGGCACAUUUGUGGUGGAUUGUUUAAGUUGCCUUUUUUUAAGUAACCUUUUCUAACUUUUUUUUUUCUUACAAUUUAGCUGUAGACUUCAUGACAUUCAUUUUAUACUAUCGCCCAUGUUUUUUUCUGGAUAGCAUUGGGUAGUUUUGGUAUAUUUCCUUUUAUACUUAACUAGUAGAUUUUUUUUUUAAUCUGGUCAUACAAACUAUUGCUGGGACUGUUUUGUAGCAAAACAAAAAAUAAAAAUAAAAAAUGACAACAGUAUAAAAACAC